GCACUUCGACCAGCUUCUCUUGCUCUGGUCUGUUCAUCCUUGACAAGGUCUAGUAGUGGAUCAGUGGCAUAGGGCAUGCGAGCUUACUGUGCUUCCACGGAUGUAACAUUCCUUCAGCUUCCAAAACCUGUCGCCUUCAGGGUUCGUUUGGUACACUUCUCGCAAGGUGAUGUUCAUGAAGUUGUCACAGUUGACAAGAUGUCCGUUGAAGGUCUCCCCAUUCUUCAACUCGACUAACUGUUGCAGAUUUCGGAUGAGAAAGUUGUAUAAUGGGUGUAUAACUUGGAAGUUGACAUCACCAUUGGUUUAUUUUGGGCGGCAUUGAGGAGAGAUAAGGGCAACUACGUAUCGUCGUCAAAUUGGCACAAUCUCAUACAGAAUAUUUCGCUCUUACCAUUCUGAUACGCUAUUCGAUAUGUAGGCGCAACAAUGGUGUAGGAAACAAGAAUUGAGGCCGCGAGGUAAACGCGCCAGAUGAGGAAUUCUAACCGAACCGAGCCUAUCGGUUCGACUGUAACUGUAUUGUAUCCGAUUAUUACCUCCUCUUCGUCUCCCUUCGCAGACUCACUUCAUAGUGCCGAAGCCACUCAUUAUUCGUCCCCAACACGCUGUCAUCUCUACGCAGCUUUCCCUUAUGAAGCCGCGACCAGAUGACCAUGGCGCAGCAAUCGUUCAGUACGCAUAGCUAGGCAUAGGCGUCCAACAUAAGCUGCGGACCACGUGAAACAAUGAGAUAUAGUCAAACUCGGCGACAAGCUGACGUUUGGUUUUGUCGUUGGGACCCACACCGACUCUACGCUCUAUCGUACGGGGUUGACUAGCUUCGCACAAUGAUUUUGCCAGACGAUACUCCCCCGUCGCCAAGUAAAGUGCGACCGUCACAGUUACCAGUCGAUCGCUCUGAGCCUCAGGCACAAGCACCUCCUCCUGCAUACCCUGGUUAUUCGUCCUACCAAGCAAAUCAACCUCUCUAUGGCGAACCUUCAACGCUUCCACUACAUACUAGACGUGAACGUGUAAAGUCUGCGCGACGGAGGUUCUUGCAGGCUUUCGCCUUCGCUGUGUUGAUUUAUUUCCUUGUUGGCACCUUUAUCAGUUCGUUGUUUGGUCUCUCGAGACACGGAAGGUGGUUUAACGUUGACAAACCUCAACAGGAAUUGGAAGAUUACCUACCCUCAGGUCCUAAGCCAGAGGAUGGCCGGCAGGAGCGUUGUGUCAAGAGCGUUCAAGACUGGGAACGAGUCGGAAAUGGCUACAUCAUGACAAGCUUUGGCUUGCCUUUAUCCGCGGAUGCAUUGUACCUAUUCACUCGAGGUUCUCUGUCCGCCGGUACGAUCACCGUCAUGAGCGACCGCAACCUUAACAACAAGUCGGACAUGAUCGUUGACAUUGUUGCUUCUCCUUUCGACUCAACGCAUCUCAACAUUCUGACUAUCUGCUCGCUUGAAAAAGGUCCGGGACAGAGGGGCAUUGGUAUAUUUACACCCCAACGCCUUCGGCUUAACAGAGGGGCUAAGUUCCACCUUGCAAUCACUCUUCGCAUCCCAAGCUCAUCCUCCCGAGAACCGCUUCACAUACAGUCAUUGGAGACUAGCGUGCACGAUUUCCUCAUUAGAAUGACAGAUCUAGUCCCGACUGUGCUGUUUGACUCUUUGUCGCUCAGGACAACGAAUUCUGCCAUCAUUGCAAAGGGCGGACUUUCUGCCGAGAAUGCCACCCUCCAGACUAGCAAUGCUGCAAUUGACGGCGUCUUCACGACCUCUAGUUCACUCGAGUUAAUCACAACCAACCACCCCAUCGAGGCUACCGUCACUAUGUUCAAUCUCGACUACUCUAUCCCUACUCGACUUUGGAUCAAGACAACGAAUGGCCACCUGGGGUCCUCCAUUUACCUGCUAUCUAAUGAUGGAAGGGGUGGCAACUUCGAUGUCGUCGCGGAGACGACGAAUGAUCCUCUAUCAAUCACAUUUCCCACACAGCCGAUCGACUCCGCUCUUCACCUACAGGCCCGUACUAAAAACUCCUUAGCGAGUGUCAACCUGCACCGAUCGUUUGAAGGCGACUUCAGCGUCAGAUCGACCAAUGCAAGACAAAUAGUGGAAGCUGAUGAGAAUGCCGAGGAUCCAGAUAACAACCGUCGCGGGAAAAGGCAUGUUGAGAUGAAGAAAUCACGGAAUGUUAUAGAUGGCAGUGUGGUGUGGUUGGGGGACGGUGACACCCCGAGAGCUGGGAAGGGGCGAGUGGACGUCAGGACAACGAACGGGCCUGCCAUGUUGAGGCUCAUGUGAAGUGCGUAUAUCUCCACAAAUCACUUGAUUCAUUUCUUUUGUCUGUCUACGUAUAUUUUUAUGUGUACUAUAUAGGCGGGAUGUACUCGUAUACUAGGUUCUUGCCAGUCAACAUUCAAAUUCGAAUUCAACUUGAAAUGCAAAUCCUUUGUUUGGCCUUGUUGUCCAAGAUCCUCCAAUGAUUUACUUGUUUUAGUACAACCGCAUACUCAGAUGGCUUGCAUUGCAGGCCGCAAGUAAUGACCUAAUGGCAUAUGAUAGCACCCCCCGCUCAGCAGAUAUCAACACCUUCCUCCAUGACCUUCAUUUGGCUCUCGUCCUUCCAAACAUGUUAUCAUAACCCUAAGUCAGCUUCUUGUCCGAACUCGGAAAGGGAUGACUCCGUUUUCCUAGA